CGUAUAACUUUGGUUUUCCCUUCACAAACCCUUUUUCUCCCUCGUUGUCUGCGCCCUCCUUCUCUCUUCCUCUGUUCUCAAUCGCUUUGAAUCUCAGGAAAAUGGGAGAUGAGAAGAAGCCCAAAGCCUCUGGCGUCUGGCCCACUAUCAAGCCCUUCGUCAAUGGCGGAACUGCUGGGAUGCUCGCUACUUGUGUCAUCCAGCCCAUUGAUAUGAUCAAGGUGAGGAUCCAGCUGGGUCAGGGAUCAGCAGGCGAGGUGACGAAGACCAUGCUUAAGAAUGAGGGCAUGGGUGCAUUUUACAAGGGGUUGUCAGCUGGUUUACUCAGACAAGCUACAUAUACCACUGCACGACUUGGUUCAUUCAGAAUUUUGACGGCCAAAGCCAUUGAAGCCAAUGAUGGGAAGCCCCUACCUCUGUAUCAGAAAGCUCUUUGUGGGCUAACUGCUGGAGCGAUUGGAGCUUGUGUUGGUAGUCCAGCAGAUUUGGCACUCAUUCGUAUGCAGGCUGAUGCCACCUUACCUGCUGCUCAACGCCGACAUUACACAAAUGCAUUCCAUGCUCUUUAUCGCAUUGUUGCAGAUGAAGGGGUUCUGGCUCUCUGGAAAGGUGCAGGGCCUACUGUAGUGAGAGCAAUGGCACUGAACAUGGGAAUGCUUGCCUCUUAUGAUCAAAGUGUCGAGUUUUUCAAGGAUAAUCUUGGCUUUGGCGAGGCUACUACUAUAAUAGGAGCAAGUACUGUUUCUGGAUUCUUUGCUGCUGCUUGCAGUUUACCUUUUGAUUAUGUCAAAACCCAGAUCCAGAAAAUGCAACCUGAUGCUUUAGGGAAGUAUCCUUACACAGGCUCUAUGGACUGUGCCAUGAAAACCCUGAAAGCAGGAGGUCCCUUCAAAUUCUACACAGGAUUUCCUGUCUAUUGUGUUAGAAUUGCCCCCCAUGUCAUGAUGACAUGGAUAUUCCUCAACCAAAUCCAGAAGGUGGAGAAGUCCUUUGGAUUAUGAUUUGCUGCAGGAGCGGAGAUCUCUACAUUGGAGUUCAGCUUUGCUAUCAUAAUAAUAGUAUCGUGGCUUGUGUCGUAGUUGUAGCUCGUUUUGGCAACCUCACACACCCUCAAAAGUAAAGCCAUUUUCUUUAAAUUCUCAUUUACAUUGAGUGAAGGAGAGUAAUAUAUUUCACUCGAAUUUGAGCAUUUUAGGGUUUCACUGAAAGAGAGGAUACUACGAAUCCAUUUCAAAGUGUUUUGAGAGUUUUUGAUUGAUGAUCCUUGAGGAAAAAGGAAAACUAUAUUCAAGAAGAAUAAUUAAUGUAAUAUUACUCUAUAAUGUAGGUCUACCUAAUCUACAUCUUCUGUUGCUUCAAGGCUUGCCAAGGUUCA